AUGAAGGAUCCUUUGCAUUCAGAUGUUAUUCUAGCUGGUGUUGCCAAGACAUUUGGGUUCGCCUGGUACAUAUCUCUUUCGAAGUUGCAGAACCUUUGUCCAAACCUUGUCUCGAUCGGGAAGAAGCAGGGACUCUGUUUCAGUGAAUUGCGGUCCUUGUCCACUGCGGCGACGCCGUAUCUGCUUUCCAGGGAGUCGAACCGCAGGAGGAAGACACCAUCUAGUAAUGAAGUGGAGGUGGAUUUGAACUUGUACGAUCCGAGGAAAGACGAAAGAGUGAAAAUCCCCGACCAGACUCUGCCGGAGGAGCUUUGCUGGUCGGUGAGGACAGGAUCUUCGAGGGGAUGGGUGGGUGCGCAGAACAUACGCGACUCCGCAAUGCGGCUCACCAACAUGUUCAACCCUUGCGCCUCUGUUUCAUCACGCAAGGUUAUCUCUCUGCCUCCGUGGGAUGAUAGCAGAGGUCGAAAUGUUUGCAGGAUCUCUCUGUCAGCCUCUCCAGACCAGCAAGACUGCGUAGUUGCCGCGAAGACGUCUGGUUCAUCUUUCAGUAUGUGUCGGCCUGGUGACUCGGAGUGGACACAUAUCCGUGUCCCGUUUUUUGCAUCGAGUAUGACGUAUUCGGCGGCGGACCAGAAAUUCUAUCUCCACACGCGCGCGAGAAAGGAAGAGUAUGAGGGUCCGAUCGAUCUCAUCAACACGACUAGCUCCGACUUCCCUCAGGUGAGUUUGUACCAGAGUUUCCCUUUGUCUGACAUACCCGAGAGCAGACAAGAGGAGCUUAUCUCAACUUUCAAGACUACACACCAGGUCGAGUCUCCUUCUGGCGACUCCUUCCUCGUUUACUGGUGUGACGAGUUGUUGAACAAACAAGGCAUGGAGUCUACACUCAGCAAGGAACCUCCUCAUAAACGUUCCUACAGGAGGAAGCCGAGGGGCUUUUUGGUGUUUAGGCAAGACCCUGAGAAGAGGAUCGCUUCUUACACUGAAGACAUUGGCGAUCUCUGCAUCUUCCUAGGCAGGAGCGAGGCCUUUUGCGUCUCUGCAACCGAGUAUCCGGGACUCAACCCUAACUCUGUCUACUAUGCAGGGGUCGAUACGGGUUUCGGUUUCUACGACCUCUCCUCCAACACUCUCCACGCCGUCCCUGAAUCGCCCCCUUUCCCCUGCUCCUACAUGUGGCUUGCCCCUCUCCAGUGA